GAUACACCCUCGAAAAUUAUACUUAUUAGCACCAUUAGCCUCGCGGUCUCUCAUCUCGCGCGGUCUGCGGAGUUCUCAAAUUGAUUUUCACCCGCUACGUUGCUCGUCUAGUUUCUCUCGAGUUCCCUCAUUUUCAUCUUCGACUUACUCUGCGCCUAAAUUCGCGGGGGGUAUACGGUGACUAUCGGCAUAUCCUUUUUGCGACCGGUAUUGCCCACCGGUGAUUCUGAGUCAUCGUCAGCAGGAAUAUAAAUCGGUACAUAAAGUUCCUCCGAUUAAUCAUCGUUUCGCACCGAUCGAUUCCACGACAAAUUCAUCAGCCGCCUUAUACAUCGACUCCGAUGUAAUAACUAUUUCCGCAUCGAAGUUAUUCAGGGUGUAUAUAAUAUACUAUAUACGUAUAGGUACGCCGGGAGCUGGCACCGUGAAUAAUCAUUUGUGGCCCGCAACUAAUGGUGUUUCGCUCGCUCGCUCGCAUUCAAUUGACAUAAUAAAUUUUAAUUGCACGGUUUCUAAAAUCCUACCCACGAAUAUGGAUUCAAUCGGACCACCCAAGUCACCGCCGUUCGAGUCGGUCGCACGUGGCUCUUACUGGAAAAUUUAUCAUCAUAAUAAUCGACAGACGGAGCUCCUCGUUCGCCGUGUGAUGUCGACGGGCUCGAAAUGAUCGUUUGAAAACGGCAUGAGGUCCCCGCACCGUCGCAAUUUCUCCAUCCCCGUUUCGAGCGCGUCUAUUUCACUCUCGUCGCAUCCGUCGAGCAUCCGUGCAGCGUCGUCAACUCUGGCCGGGAGAUUCGCCGGGAGCUUCGGAGAAUUUCGAGGCGUCCGGGGUGCCCGGGUGGCGAUGCGAUGAGCCCGACGACCUGCGGGCAGGUCGUCACCCGACACCCCCGAACGUCGCCGCGACCCGAUCGCGAUCAGCGGCUGAAACCUGUCAGAGAACCAACGAGGAACCGACACCCUCUGCGGGGUCUCCGUUUUCGCGGGCCAUGGAACACGAGGUGCGCAACGGGAACGUCGGUGACACCGAGGCCGAUACGCCUGCCGUUACUUUCGUUUACUUCAACGUCGGGGAACGCCGGGAAGCCACCUGCUUCAGAGCUGACCAAGUCACGCACAAGGAGAUCAAAGAGCUCUUUCGAAGCGCGGCGGAAGCCGGCCCUCUCGACAUCGUGAAGCUCCGGCAGGGUGAUAAACUGUUGAACAUAUCGCCCCAUCUGCCCUCGAACACCCCCGAGACACCGUACUCGUUGCAGGUGGUCGGGGCUCAUCCGGGCAGCACGGGGAUGCUCGAGGCGGACCUGCUUCGCGCCCUGGAGCGCCGAGUUUCAGCGUUGGAACGGGAACUACGGGAACACCAAGAAGUCACCGUUGCGACGCCCUUUCUGCCCCUCAGGGAGCUCAAACGACAGGUUGACGCUUUCAGGAAAAAGCUCGAGACCACGGAGCACCUCAGCUGGCUGGGGUUCUACAAGCAGCUUCCGGAACCGAUUUCGACCGAGGCCUGCCGGAGACUGCAGUACCGCAGGAAAAGUGACUCGGUCAAGCGAAUGGUCCGCGAAAAAUUCCUCAACAUUUGCGACGUCUCCGUAUCGUCGAGCGUACGUCAGUGGCUUCGCUCUCCUGCCUUCGACGCGCGGCAGUGGGAAGACGAGGAGCUUUUACUGAUGCUGCAAGCGAUGUUCAUGGAGCUAGACCUCUUGGAGAAAUUUUCAAUACCCCUGUCAACGCUACGGAAUUUCCUCUACGAAGUAUACAACAACUACAACGAGGUUCCUUUUCACAACUUCAGGCACUGCUUCUGCGUAGCUCAAAUGAUGUACGCGAUCGUGUGGGCGGCUGAUCUACCCUCUAAAAUCGGUCACCUCGAAGUCUUCGUGCUCCUCGUGUCCUGCAUCUGCCACGACCUCGACCACCCCGGUUUCAACAACAUCUAUCAGAUAAACGCUCGCACCGAGCUGGCGCUGCGUUACAACGAUAUCUCACCCCUGGAGAAUCACCACUGCUCGGUGGCUUUCAGGGUACUCGAGUCGCCGGAGUGCAACAUCCUCGCCUCCCUCGACGCCGCGACCUUCAGGACCGUCAGGGAGGGUAUAAUCAGAUGCAUACUCGCCACCGACAUGGCCAGACACAACGAGAUACUCGGACAAUUCACGGAGACCACGCCAGAAUUUGACUACUCGAACAAAUCGCACACGAAUUUGUUGACCAUGGUUCUCAUCAAGGUAGCAGACAUCAGUAACGAAGCGAGGCCAAUGGACGUUGCUGAGCCCUGGCUCGACAGACUCCUACAAGAAUUCUUCAAGCAGAGCGACGCGGAAAAGCUCGAGGGCCUUCCCGUCACGCCUUUUAUGGACCGGGACAAGGUCACGAAACCCUCUUCGCAGUGCAGCUUUAUCGGGCUCGUUUUGCUCCCUCUGUUCGAAGCUCUCGGCGAACUCUUACCGGAGUUGCAGGAAUUCAUCGUACGCCCCGUCCGCGACGCCCUCGAGUACUACCGUCGUUUGAACGAAGCGGCCAAAGACGAACGCCUCCACCGCAAGAGUAUAGUGGACCUCGGCGAGUCGAACACUACCUCGAUAUCGACGUACGUCGUGAAGUCGAUGUCGACGCAGAGCGUGCGUUCGAAGAGAUCGGGGGGGUGCGCCGUCAGAUCGCGAUCGAGAUCGAUCGAGGAUUCGGUGGAGAAUCUGACGAUUGAGGAGGUCGACACGGUGGACAGUUCGGACCCGGAGACCGCGACGGAGGUCGAAGUCAGCGAGAAGACACUGAAAUUCAAGAUAUCCACCGAGGGUAGCACCGCGGGGAGGAAAAGUUAUCCCGGGAGCCGGAAGGGCAGCAGAGAGAAGAGCACGCUCGAUUACCACCACCACGACCUGGCGAGGGCCAUGCGGGAGCACGAUCCCGACAGGGAGCGGCGAAGAAGCAGAGGCGAGAAUCUCAGUAGCGACAUGAGCUCACCGGUGAGCGCGAGGUCGGGCGACGAUUCGAGGAUCCUCGAGGAACUGGAAAGAGACGAAGUGGUCAUCGAGGUGCACCAGAGGGUCGAGGGGGCCGAGAACGGUAACGGCAACUACAACGCGAUCCUCGACGAAGAACUGAGGACGAGGUGCAGCUGCUCGUGCAUCGAUCACCAGGAGCGGGACAAAACGACGCCGAAUAGUCACAAGUCGUUGUUGUCGAGGCUGAGGACUUUUACGGACAGAUUGAGCAUCAGCUUCGAUUCAAGGGAGUCGCCCGCGAUCAAGUCGCAAACCGCCAAGACCGCCGGUAAAUGCCUGAGCAAGAGCAACUCGAUAACGGGAUCGAGUUCGGCGCGACACGUUCCAGUCCACUGUAAAAGUUGCAACCUUGCCAAGACGAAACAGGUCCUCGUCGAGGAAGUCUCUGAGCCUGCGAGAGAAUCGAAAAAUUGCGGAAACACCAACGACAGGAUCGCGACACCGAAUAUACAAAUUUCAUGGGCGGAGAAGCGUGCGACGACGCUUCCCAAAACGAGGAAGUCUCAGGAUGGUAAAAGUAGGGGCUGGAAGACCGUGUUCGCCAAGGAAAAGCGGCCGUCCGUUUCUCUCGAAGCUAUACCGGCUACGGACGACGACGUCGCGGUGAUAAAGCACAAGCGAAACUCUUCGAAUCCGGAGGGAAAGCUCGCUACUGUAAAUACGACGCGGGAUACGACGGUGAACGUCAGUCCGGAAAAGGAAUUGAGGUCCCUCGGAUGCACGGCGGAAUUCAAGGGAACCAAAAAAGCGCGGACGAAACCCGAGAUAGUCCUGAACCCGAGUACCAGUAGCAAUGCUCUGGACAAGGAAAUCGGCAAAGUUGAGAUCAGGAGGAGCUCGGCGAGCAUGGAGGACAUCACAAAGAUCACGAAUCAAAGCGAGAGUCUUUUUCUCGGCUCACAAAACGACAAAGACACCGAGGAGCUCCAGCACACUGGAAGCCUGGACUCGAUGCUUCACAAAGAGGCGGAAAAGGUCUGCAAAAAGUCACUGGUCUUCUCGUCACCCGGAGCUUCGAAGAAAUACAGCGCAGGGAUUUUCUCGAGGUUUAAAUCGGGGAUGAGCAUCGACAGCGCGAGAAGCAGCAGCGGACCGCUGAACGAGCAACAGCAGCAACAACAGCAGCAACAGCAGCAACAGCAACAACAACAACAACAACAACAGCAGCAACUUCAAGGAGGUUGGAUAUCUUCUCUGGCUGCAAGCUUCAGACCGAAGAGGCAAACGAGCGAAGUUCAAUUUUCGCCGCAACGUUCGCAGUACCCGAAUCACGAUGGGUUCAAGUGAUGUUCGGAUUGUAUAUAAAAUGAAUGAAAAUAAAAGACGAGCCGAUGGCGACGAACUCAAGAAAGACGAAAUUCUUCGUACUACUUCUGAUACCAGAAAUCAGGACGAAGGGAAAAAAUCUACUACCUCUUUGUUUUUCUCAGUUACCAGAGAAAUAGGUGAAGACUAAACGCGUGCUCGGUAUCAAAGUUGAACGGUCGACUUUCGACUCGGGUCAGUUGGGUGUCAGAUUAUAUCUGCAGUAUAUUCAGGUCUGCGGCAGUUCCACCCUGAAGAAAAGGGGGAAAAUUUUAAUAAAGUGCACAAGAGUAAGGAAAAGGAAUAGAAGAAGAAGGGAAAGUUGGAGAGGAGAAAAUCGGGGGCUUAUACUUUCCUCGAACCUCUGGCUAUACCAAAAUAUUAGUCUUUGCCCGUAUUCGAUGCUACCCGCGUACGUCGGCCGACAAAAUUCUAAGAAAUAUAGAUGAUUUUAUUUAUUGUUUGAAAGGAGAAAAAAAAACCAUCAACAGCUAGCCUAAUGAUUAACAAUUAUUAAUGUUAUUCGUUAUAUAUGUAUAUUGAAUAUAAUAUAUGUAAUGUAUGGGUACAUAGGAUAUCCAUGGAAUCAUUCACACAUUUUACAGCUAAUUCACUGUAUUAUGUAUAUCUGUAUAUACAUACAUAUUAUUCCUCAAGAAAUUGAAUAAUGUGGCGAUAUCGGCGAUAUUAUACCUACACAUUAUCAUGUCGCCAAAAACUUGGCGAUAAUUGAAUAAUUUCCGACGAAGAAUUACACUAAUUGUAAAAUCUCUGUACGCAUAUCAUGCCAUUCGAUACUUUAUCGUGGAAUUGUAAAAAUUUGUACUCUGUACGAGAAUUGAAAUACGAUAUACAUGUAACUUAUGCGUAGGGAGGGACCUACCGACACCGCAAUCGGGGUACCUGCAUAUCUGUAACGAUACGUCACUGUGCAACAACAAUUUCGAACCUAAAUAUCAAAAACGGACGCGUCCGUUCGAGAUGCUGAGUUGAAAUUUAUAUACAUAUAUAUUCAAAUCUGAUACGUAUAUUACGUGCACACCGGAGAUCCAUAAUUUUUCUUUCCCACUCUCUCUCUCUCUCUCUCUCUCUCGCCUUCUCUCCCCGUUUCUUCCCCUUCUCUCUCUCUCUUUUUUUCUUUCUAUCCACAUUUAUAUUUUUAUACCGUGUAUAUCGAUAUGAUGUGUACCUUGUACGACGAU